CUCUCCUAGGCAUCUCCUCGUGCUCCUAGCUGACGACUUUCCUCCCGUCCUUCGUCCUCGUUUUCUUCAUCAGCUACGACUUUCCUCUCCUUUUUCCUUCUCGCCCAACGCAACCUUAAGCGGUCGGUGGCCAUCAUGAACAGUCUGGUGGCUACACCACCUGUACCUCCUCACCACUUUUACGAACCCUCUCGUCUCUCUCCUUCUCGUCCAAUGUCUACCCCAAGCCACACUCCCAACCGGAAACGGAAAGCCGAUGAUGAUGGCAACGAUCAUGAUGGCCGAAUGUCCGCAUCUCCCACCAAUUCUCCCGCCUUCACCCCUCGAACCCUUCCACCCAAUAGACACCAUAUCAAGCGUGCUCGCCCAAAUGUCAGCGGACGGCCGCUUUCUCUCCCCCGCUUGCUAGAAACCUUGGACACCGAUGCUCUCCGGGGCGUCCUCCGGUCCAUGUGUGAGCGUCAUCCAGCUUUGAUGGAUGAGGUCAUUCACACCGCUCCUCGGCCCAGUGUAGCAUCCGCCCUUCAGGUGCUGCGGAACUAUCAGUCCAACCUUCAAUCCUCGUUCCCGUUGGGUGGCAGCUCCGAAUCAGAUUACGCCUAUAACCGAGUCCGGCAGCCUCUGGGGAAUUUGUUGGAUGCUCUCAGCGACUUCACGCCACAUUUCCUCCCGCCAAAUGAGACACAAGCCUCGGUAUCCUUGAGCUAUCUAGAUGAGGCGACCGACAUAAUCCACGCCUUGCCCCGGUGGCACACACCCCAGAACAAUCUAGAGCGGGACUCUGCGUACGACGAGAUCUGCAAGGCCUGGAUUCUGGUGAUUCGGGAAGCUGCAAAACGUGGAGGUGGAAUCCAGUUACAGUAUGGUGGUUGGGAUCAGAAGUUGGCCAAACACAACCAGAACUCCGGCGGUAAACUGCAGGCAGCCGUCAACGAGCUUGGUUCUAGCUUAGGGUGGAUGCACAGACCGGAUGCCCAAGGCUACGGAAGCCCAGGAGGUAAUGACCUUGGAUCCAUCCGCGAACAACUCCUGUCGGGCACAUACGGGCUCGGCACCCCCGUCAAAGUUGGGCCAUGGUAACGCCGCCAACAAUUGACUGCUAUACUCAUCUCUUCCCGUCGACUUAUCCCUCCGAUCUACCCUAAAAACUCCAUUCUCGCGACACCUCUUUACCCGCCCUCCCGAUUCAGAGCUAGUGUCCAAACCUCGACCGUGCAAUGUCCACGUAUGAUACGAUCACGAUACCUUAUCGCAUGAAACUAGAGUUGAGGGUCA